UUUCAAUUUCAAUGAUUUAUCCUCAUCCCAUUUCCUAGUUCCUAUAUAUAUGAUCUGUGUAAUCUCUGGUUAGUGAUAAGUCAUAGAUAAUAAUGGAAAGCAGCAGAUGGAGUCUUCAAGGUAUGACUGCUCUUGUGACCGGUGGAGCGGGAGGAAUCGGGCAUGCCAUAGUAGAGGAGCUAGCCAGUUUUGGAGCCAAAGUCCAUGUAUGCGACAUAUCUGAAACGCUGCUCAGAGCAAAUUUAAGCGAAUGGGAAAAGAGAGGGUUUCAAGUGAGUGGUUCAAAAUGUGAUGUAUCCUCUCGUCCGGAGAGGGAAGCACUCAUGCAAACCGUGUCCUCGCUGUUUGAUGGCAAGCUCAACAUUCUUGUGAACAACGCUGGCGCGAUUCUCACAAAGCCAACUACAGAAUAUGUGGCAGAUGAUUUCUCUUUCCAUAUGUCAACAAAUCUGGAGUCUGCUUACCAUCUUAGCCAGCUUUCACAUCCUCUCCUAAAGGCUUCAGGCUCUGGAAACAUUGUUUUCAUUUCCUCUAUGGCAGGGGUUGUAUCAAUUAACUGUGGAUCCAUCUAUGGUUUAACCAAAGGAGCUCUGAAUCAGCUAGCAAGAAACUUGGCAUGUGAAUGGGCAAGAGAUGGAAUAAGAGCCAACGCUGUUGCUCCUAAUUUUAUCAACACUGCUCUGGCUCAACCUUUUCUUGGUGACAUCAAUUACAGAGAGGCACUGUUUAGUAGAACUCCACUUGGUCGCGCGGGAGAACCAAGAGAGGUUGCAUCACUUGUGGCUUUUUUGUGUCUACCUGCAGCUUCAUACAUAACUGGUCAGACCAUUUGUAUUGAUGGAGGUCUCACUGUAAAUGGCUUCUCCUAUCAACCACAUGCUUAAGCCAGGUUUUGUCUUGUGUGUGUUGUCAAACAAAUAAUAGCGUCGGUGCUAAUGCACAAAACAUACAAGAGUCUUGAAACGUCACCUUCCCUUUUGGUGUUUAUUAUUAUUAAUUCAAUAUCAUCUUUUAAGUUUGUACCCAAAAUAUGCUAGUUUUGCCA